CCUCCUUCCCCCAUAAACCCAUUUCCUUUCGUUCUUUCUCCUUUCUAACUCACAAUCUUUCAACCAAAAUGAAGAUCUUCAACUGGGUGCACAAGACUUUUCAUCACACCGCUCUCAAGGAGGGUUAUACUCAAAAUGCGACGAAGAAGACCGAAACCGCAACCAUUAAUGAAGUGGACAGGCAAGCAUUGUUGAAGCAAGUAGAUCUUGAUGUGGAAGCCCUUCAUGACUGGAGAGAUGGCAUUCUCACCAUUGGUACAUUCGGGUUCGAAUCAUUGAAACCAUCGAACAAGCAAAUGGAGUAUCUCGUACUAAAGAGCGAAGACGACGACGAGGAGGAAGAGGAAGAAGAAGAAGAAGAGGAAGAGAAAUCAUUCGUUCAUGAGGAAGACGACGAUAGUAUCGAUUUCGUGGACGAUGAAGAGCUAAACCCUUUGAUGUUCACAACAUUUGGACACAAAUCAAAGGAUGUAAAUGGGGAGAAAGGUGGUGAUUUGAUCAUUGGAGCUUAUGAGCUGAAUAUGAAUAUGGAAUCAAAAUACAAUGAGAUUAUGGAGAUGGAGGAGGAUGAGGAGAAGAAGAAAGUGGAAAGGAGGAUAACACUGGCGGACUUGUUCUUGGCGGAUGCUGGAGAUGUGGCGAAAGCACUAGAGAAUGAAAAAGUGCUUCAAAAGAAAACAGGUGAUGUUAGAACUAAGAGUGGCCUCUCCUUUGCCAAGAAGCUUAUCCCUCGAGUUAAGGAGGAUUCACAUCCCAUUAAGAAUCUUCAACGAUUGAUGAGAAGGAUGCUGAAGAGGAAGAUCCACCCAGAGAUUGAAGACAAGAUCAACAAAGCAUCAUCAUCUGACCAAACUCACCAAAUAGGAACACCCAACCAUGAAGGAUUUGAAGGCUUUGAAGCUCUCUCUCUUCUUCCAAUUCAAGAUGCAGUUGCCUGAUGGAUUUAAUUAAUGGGUGUCUUCUAAAUUAUGUCUCUGAUUGCUUAGAGUUAUGCUUAAUUAUCUUAUGGUAAUUAUCAAAAACAAUGUUUAUUCUUAUUAUUAUUAUGAUUAUCAUUAGUAAUUUUGUUCAUUAGAUCUUGUUGUAUAUGAAGCGUUAAUUAAGACUACUUGAUUCUGUUCUGUAAGCUAUUUUGAUGUUGUUUUGGCUUAGCAUACAAGUCAUGGAAGUGUGGUUUGUCGGUCA